AUGGACCAGUCCAGUGAACCCAACAACGCCGCCAUGUAUUCGCGGCGGCGACGAAGCUCUCUCGGGACAUCUCAGAUCUUUGAGAACAUUAUUGAAGGAUCCAACUUCGAUAAGGAUGAAGUGGACCGACUUCGCAAGCGAUUCAUGAAGCUCGACAAGGAUAACUCCGGCACAAUCGAUCGCGAUGAAUUCCUCUCCCUGCCACAAGUCUCAUCCAACCCGCUCGCUACACGAAUGAUCGCCAUCUUCGAUGAAGACGGCGGCGGCGACGUCGACUUCCAGGAAUUUGUAUCGGGGCUGUCCGCCUUCAGCUCAAAGGGCAACAAGGAAGAGAAGCUGCGCUUUGCAUUCAAGGUCUACGACAUUGAUCGCGACGGGUUUAUUUCCAACGGCGAGCUGUUUAUCGUGCUGAAGAUGAUGGUCGGCAAUAACUUGAAGGAUGUGCAGCUGCAGCAGAUUGUCGACAAGACGAUUAUGGAGGCUGACAAGGACCGCGAUGGCAAGAUUAGCUUCGACGAGUUCAAGAAUAUGGUUGAAAGUACAGAUGUUAAUUUGAGCAUGACGUUGAACCAAAUUUAA